GGAAAGGAAACGAAAGGGUGCUCUCUUCCUCACAAAAGAAGAGAAGUGAAAGGCAGAGGAUUAGAAACACUGGAACAUUUUCAGUCUCAGGGAUAAUGUUGGUUACAUUUACAGAGGCAGCACCUAUUGCGUCUACUUCCUCUCUCAUCUCACUUUCUCUCUCUUCCCCUCCUAAACUCCAUCAAUAUUCCACAACUUUCAGAUGCAGGCUCAACUAUGGCUUCCGCACCAAACCCACCUCUUCCAUUGCUGCUUCUCUCUCCUCCACCACCACCCCAUCCAGCUAUGAAAGUUCAGUGUUUGAUCCAUUGGGUAUAGAGCAGGAUAAGUCAUGGAAUGUGGCUAGGGCUUGGGAUGAUGUUCUUAGGCUUGUUUCACAUACUUUUGACAGUAAUUCUAGUGCAAGAAAAGACAGACCAACCUCAGGUCGAGGAGCUGCAGCUGCAAUUGAGGAUAGUUCCAUUGAUUUUGGGGACUUCUUUAAAGGCCCAUUACCUGGGAAAUUUCUGAAAUUGUUGGGGUAUUUAGCCUUGUCUCGACUUGGGAUAUACAUUCCUCUUGGAGGAGUAAAUCGAGAGGCGUUUGUGGGUAACUUGGAUCAAAACAAUUUCAUUAGUACUUUGGACUCUUUUUCUGGGGGUGGUAUCGGACGGCUUGGGAUUUGCUCUCUUGGAAUUGUUCCUUUCAUUAAUGCACAAAUCGUGUUUCAACUCCUUGCCCAAGUCUACCCUAAGUUGCAAGAUCUUCAGAAAAGAGAAGGCGAAGCCGGGAGGAAGAAGGUUCUACAGUAUACCCGCUAUGCGUCAGUGGGGUUUGCUUUAGUACAGGCAAUUGGGCAAGUACUUUUUCUUCGUCCAUAUGUAAAUGACUUCAGUACCGAGUGGGUUCUUUCAUCAGUUAUCCUUUUAACGCUUGGUUCCGUAUUUACAACAUACCUUGGUGAACGUAUAUCCGACUUGAAGCUUGGAAAUGGUACAUCGCUACUGAUUUUCACAAACAUCAUCUCAUACUUACCUGCAUCUUUUGGAAGGACAGUUUCACAGGCGUAUCAAGAUGGAAAUAACACUGGUCUUGCCAUUAUUGUUGUGUCAUUCAUUUCCUUGGUUUUUGGUAUUGUAUAUGUUCAGGAAGCAGAGAGAAAAAUUCCAAUGAACUAUGCUUCAAGAUACUCUGGUAGAAGUGGGGGACUUCAAAAGUCCGCUUACCUGCCCUUCAAGGUGAACAGCGCUGGAGUAAUGCCUAUUAUAUUCUCGACAUCAUCGUUAGCUCUUCCUGCCACACUGGCCCGUUUUACUGGUUUAGAUAUUCUAAAAAAAGCUGCAGUUGCUUUAGUUCCUGGAGGUUCUUUCUACCUUCCAACUAACAUCUUAUUAAUAGCCUUCUUCAAUUAUUACUACACUUUCUUGCAAUUGGAUCCUGAUGAUGUGAGUGAACAACUAAAGCGACAAGGUGCAUCCAUUCCACUUGUCCGACCUGGUAGAAGUACGGCCCUCUUCAUAAAAACGGUUCUGAGUCGGAUAUCAAUUCUUGGUUCUGCUUUCUUGGCAAUACUCGCUGCUGGUCCAGCCGUAGUUGAACAAGCUACUCAUCUCACUGCAUUCCGAGGAUUUGCAGGCACUUCUGUGCUUAUCCUUGUCGGCUGUGCAACCGACACUGCGCGAAAAGUUCAAGCCGAGAUAAUUUCGCAGAAAUAUAAGAACAUUGAGUUUUAUGAUCUUAACAAAUGACAAGUAUGUUCUUGCAGGAUGUUCUAAGAACAAGGUAGAUAGAUAGAAAUGGAGACGUUUCUUGGGAGUAACUAUUUGCUGUUGAUCUUUAACAUAUAAUCAUGUUGCAUUUCUCUUGUACUUAUCAAAAUUCUUUUUCCAUAUGUAUAGAAAAAAAUAUAUUUCAAAUUAGCAAAACUAAUUAAUGAGUUCACAA